CCCCGCGCCCGCCUCAGCCCCGAGGAGAAGGAGGAGGAGGAUAGCGAGGAGGAGGACUCAGAGGACUCGGAGGAGGAUUCCUCGGAGGAGGACUCGGAGGAGCAGGGGCCGGUGCAGGAGGGUGACUUCAAUGUAGCCGAUUACGACUACCUGCCCGUGUCUUCUGAAAUCAAAGAACUGUUUGAGUACAUCAAGAGGUACACUCCCAAACCCAUAGAGAUGGAGUGGAAGCUGCAGCCCUUCAUUCCAGACUUUAUUCCCGCAGUUGGAGACAUUGAUGCGUUCCUAAAGGUUCCCCGUCCUGACGGCAAGCCCGAUAACCUAGGCCUGCUGGUCCUGGACGAACCGUCAACCAAGCAGUCGGAUCCCACCGUGCUCUCCCUGUGGCUGUCGGAGAACUCCAGGCAGCACAACAUCGCGCAGCAGAUCAAGGUGAAGAGUGUGGAGAAUGCAGAGAAGAACCCCAAAGCCAUUGAGAACUGGAUUGAAAGUAUCAGCGAGCUGCACCGCUGCAAACCUCCCGCCACCGUCCACUACAGCAGGCCCAUGCCUGACAUAGAGACCCUCAUGCAGGAAUGGUCACCGGAGUUUGAAGAGCUCCUGGGAAAGGUGGGCCUCCCGACAGCGGAGAUGGGCUGUGACCUGCCUGAAUACGUCGACAUGAUCUGUGCCCUUCUGGACAUCCCCGUGUACAAGAGUCGGAUCCAGCCUCUGCACGUCCUCUUCUCCCUCUACUCGGAGUUCAAGAACUCGCAGCAUUUCAAGACCCUGGCUGAUGGGAAGGAGAAGAGGAGCCCGCCCUCCAACCCACCUUCACAAGUGGCAGACGCAGAAGUGUUAAGCUUUACUUGA